AUGGAAGCAAACCUCCAAACUAAAGCAGAGGUGGAUAGGAUGAUCCUCGAUUACCUGGCCUGCAUUGCCAUCAAUCAAACUCUGUCCAUCGCAGAGAGUGCCAACGAGAGGGCCAAUGUAAACGAGUCAGAGGAGGCGGACUGGCUUAUUGACGCAGUGAAAGGCCUGAUUGCUAGCACAGCAUUGACAAGUGAGGUAGCCUUUCAAUCACUACUACCCGAAAAAUCCUUUGAUGCGGAUCUGAAUAUUAAACUGCGGAUUCUCGCAGUGGCCCACCAGAUUCGCCAUUAUAUGCCGGCGCAGGAACAUCAUCCCCAUAAAGAUUGGUCUUCGAUAUCGGCAAUCGGCAUCGAAUUCAUGGAGCUCUGUGCACUGGCCGUUCACAAGGUCUCCGAAACCAGAUGGUUCGAAACCGGUGCUCAAUUUAUCGCACAGGCCGUGAUAGAGGAGAAGUACGGGGGAGGUACGCCUACGCCUUCCGAAAGUCUCUCCAAGCUGUGUACGUGGGCACCCAACGACCCGGAGCGGAAUCCCAAAUGGAUCAAGAUCCUUCAACGCUGGACCAAUGAAUUGCCCAAGCACGGUGAAGUCCCCUUGACACGCAGCUAUAUCGAUCAAAAGUUCCCAUUUGAAGUAUUCAGAUCCAGUGUGCUGGUCUUUCUAUUAGACCUGUCAAGUACUCUCGAUGCGCCGCUUCUCAUCGAGCUCGAACGAGGCCAGGUCGGCAAUCUCACUCGCGAUGAGACGCAGCGCCUCAGGGAACGUAUUGGGCUGCGAUAA